CGCAAUUACCACUCGACACCACCAUCGCCAACGACCGCGUCCUUGACGACGAGACACACUGGGAGAUAAGGAUCCAGCGGGUGGGUCGGACCCUUUCUCCAUGUCGACGACGACCAGCCAGACCCCGUCCGCGACCCCCGAGUCGGCCUCGACAUCAGCGCCAAAGCUCCUCAAGAAGGCGAGCACGACGGACAUCAAAUCUGGCGCGCCCUUGCAGACCGUCUUUGGUUGUGCACACACCAAGCAACUCCUCACGAGCGCGCGGCCCGCAGCGAUCAACGGCUACCAAAAGGCCAUUACUUCUCUGCAGAAGGAGGAUAAUGUUAGCUGGGCAGUUCACAAAGGCCCCAGCGGCACGGGGGUGACUGGAGGCGUGACAUAUCUCUGCUUGCAGUGUCCCUAUGUCAGCCUCACGCGAGAGCCGCACAGGAAAGACCAUACCUUUGCCAUCGAGUCCGCUAAUGGCUUCAUCUUCUGCCACGUGUGCAAGGACUUCGUCUACGACAUCUCCUUCGAAGCUAUUCGAGCACCUCCGAACAAGAAGCGGAAGUUGUCCGCUCUGGCCGACGAGAACGACAAGAAGCUGGUGGCUGCCAACUCUACAUCGAUAUCAUGCGCAGCUACCGGCUUGCGAGGGCUCUACAACAUGGGCCAGACGUGCUUCAUGUCUGUGAUCCUGCAGUCCCUCAUUCAUAACCCCUUCAUACGAACCUACUACCUCACCGAGGGACAUCGAUCGUCCGAUUGCGAGCGCGAAGCAUGCACAUCAUGCGCUCUCGACGACAUCAUCACCGACUUUUACGGGACGGAAAAGCACGAGGGUUACGGCGCUGUGCACAUGCUACAGGGCUGCUGGAAGAAUGGUGGUAAUCUCGCAGGUUACAGCCAGCAAGACGCGCACGAGUUUCUCGGUUUCAUACUCAACAGCCUACAUGAGGCGAACACGGAAGAAGAGGAGAAGAAGGACGCGAAAGACUGCGAAUGUGUGGUGCAUCAGACGUUCGCGGGCAUGAUGAGGAGCACCGUGACGUGCAGCACGUGUAAGACGGUGAACAGCACAUCAGAAGCCUUCAUGGACCUCAGUCUGGACAUUAAGAGCGCCGGCGUAGUCGUUAAGAAGAAGAAACUAGCGCUCACGGGCGCCACACAGACCGUGAAAGAGCAACUGCCCGUGGACCUGACGGAGUGUCUGGAUCGAUACACCACUGCGGAGACGUUGUCCAGUGACAACUACACGUGCCGGAAAUGCGAUGGACCCAAGGAAGCCAAGAAGAAGCUCACUUUGACUCGACUUCCACCAGUAAUUCCGAUACAUUUCAAGCGCUUCUCGCAUUCCAAGGGCAGCAAAGAGAGUCAGAAGGUAGACACGAGAGUUCGCUUCCCCUUCAAGCUGGACCUAUCAUCAUAUGUGACGGCUCCAGCUAAAUCAUCGACCGAGCCCGCAAAGAAGGCGGGCAAUGGUGUUUCCAAGGGUGCUGAAGCGGCCAAAGACCACAAAGGUGAAGACGACGACGAAGACGGAGAUAAGAUGCCAGUGAAAAAGCGGCAAACCAAGUCCACAGAAGAAGAAGAAAAAGAAGAGGACGAAGAAGAAGAGGACAUCUCACCCGACCAACCCAUCUACGAGUUAUCCUCUGUUAUUGUGCACAAGGGCAAGAUCGACAGCGGACACUACAUCUGUUACUGCAAGCAGGUUGAACACUGGUUCCGAUUCGACGACAGUAUGGUGGUGCAAGUCGACGACAAGGAAGUCUUGAAUGCCGAAGCGUACAUGCUGUUUUAUGUCGUAGCUGAGCUGUAGGCGCACCGUGGAUUAUGACACCAAUGAUAUUUGGGGGAAAACAGCCUCGCAUUGAUCACACGAGCCUGAUACCUGGGGGUCUGGGGAAGAACAAAAGAUACAGCACGCAAAAGACUUGUGAACGCGGAAAGCGAUUAUUAUAUCAGCAAGGCGGUAUGGUAGUGACGAGAUCAACGAGACCUGCGGGACUCGUAUUUGCAGCGGGAUAGUAGAAGACGAUGAGCAGCAUAGCGUAGGUGUUGGUUUUCAUUUCUCUUCCAUGGCUGGUUACCUACCUGUACCUACAUACAUGUAGUAGGUACAUAACGUAGGUACUGUAGGCACAUGUACAUGUCGUGAUGACCGUUCAGGUAAGGUAGGUCAGGUAGGUACAUGUAUGUACGUACCUAUACCUAUCCUGUUUUGAGGAAGCAUGAUUGGUGGCUCCUGUCAAGUUGCUGGAGUACAUAGGUACAUACUACAGGUAUUCA